CGCUUCAGCGUGCCGCUGGCCUGCCCUGCGCGGUUACCAUAGUAACACGGCCCGCUUUUCAGAGAGGACCUUCAACAAACAGCAGCAGGCAUGAGUGCAGAUGCAGUUUUUUCACUUCAAAACCAAUCCACCAGUGUUGACUAUAGUGUCCAUGUGGAGCACCUGGACUAUAAUUACAUUGAAGAAUGCAAAAAUGUGAAAUACGUGGAGAAGAUUCUGAAAGUCCUGAGGUCUGGUCAAGAGGGCAUUUAUCCUCACCUGAUCGAGUUCUGUGAGAGCCACUUGGAAAAACUGGACCCUAAGAGCCCAGCCCUCAGGAAGGAAAACUCAGUCGCAACAGCAGCCAGCCUCUUAAAAGAUGAGUGGAGCCAAAUUGUUGAGGAUAUGAAGACAUGGCAAGAAGAAACGAAAAGAAAUGAAACUUCACUGAAACAACAGGCAGUGUUUGAUCUAGGGAAAAACAAUAUUCCACCAAUAAGAGGUUCCCAUUGCUCCAUUCUACUAUGUGAGACUUCGAAUGCAGAGGAAAAGAGGAAUCCUUCAAAAUGCACUCUUCCUCGUGAUUAUCGAGAAUGGGACAAAUUCGAUGUGGAACGAGAAUGUGAAAGGAUUGAUGGGAAUGUGGUCAACAAAAACAUUCCUUCAGCCAAGGGACAUUCUAAAAUCAAGACAAAAGUGGAUGCCUCAUUUCUGACCAAACCGGAGAAGCUCCUCCUGGCAAAUCGUGAAAAGGACAAAGGCAAUGAAGCUUUCAGAGCCAAAGAUUAUGAGGAGGCAGUUGUGUACUAUUCCAGGAGCCUUUCCAUUUUACCAACUGUGGCUGCAUACAACAACAAAGCCCAGGCCGAGAUCAAUCUCAAGCACUGGUACGAUGCAAUGUCAGACUGCCAGCGUGUUCUGGAGCUUGAGCCAGGCAAUGUGAAAGCCCUACUACGUCGUGCCACUGUGCACAAGCACAUGGGUCAAUUUGAAUUGGCUGUUGAAGACCUGAGGAUGGUUCUUAUGGAGGAGCCUCAGAAUCCAACAGCCACAAAACUUCUGUCUGAAACUGAGAAGCUGAAGGAACGUCAACCAGAGCAACAGAGAAAAGGCAAAAAAAUCCUCAUCCAAGAAGUAGAAGAGAAAGAUGAAAACAGCAACGAUGACACAAAGGCAGAAUCUUUUCUGGUUGAACCCAGCCAGCCUGUGGGAGGGGAGAGCGCCGCUUCUCCUGCCGAGAGGGGAGACAUGGGUAACGCUCAAAAGAAGCCCCACAGCCGGGGGAACGGGGGUCCACACAGUGAGUCCAGCAACUCCCACGCAGGACACCGGCGGAGCAAAGGAGGCAGCUCCGACAAGUACAGAGUCACGCAGGACAAGGUGGCCAACGGAACAGGCAAGAGGGGCUCUACAGCUUCAGUGCAGACCGACCACAGCAGCAGCAGCGGGAAGGGAACUCCUGCAGGAGGAACUGCAAGGGAAACUACCAACCUUGAUGCCCCUUGUGGAGCCCUGCCCCCACCCCUGUCCCGGCUAAAAAACGAAGGGAACCUGCUGUUUAAAAAUGGACAGUUCUCUGAUGCACUGGAGAAAUACUCCCAAGCCAUUCAGGGCUAUUCUGAUUCAGGGAUUGACAGUCCAGAGGAUCUAUGUAUUCUGUAUUCUAACAGAGCAGCUUGUUACCUGAAAGAUGGCAACAGUCAGGACUGCAUACAGGACUGCACAAGAGCUCUGGAGCUGCAGCCAUUCUUCCUAAAGCCCCUCCUCCGCCGGGCCAUGGCUUAUGAGUCCUUGGAGCGCUACCGACAGGCCUAUGUGGAUUACAAGACUGUCCUGCAGAUAGACAUCAGUGUGCAGGCAGCACACGACAGCGCCAACAGGAUCACCAGACUACUAAUUGAUCAGGACGGUCCAGAGUGGAGAGAGAAACUUCCAGAGAUUCCCCUGGUGCCUCUGUCAGCUCAGCAGCACCGCAGAGAGGAGCCACCCAGUGCAGAGGUCCUCCAGGCAAGGGCAGAAAAGGCUGCCAGGGACACAGAGAGAAAAGCAGAAAUUCGUUUCACAGUGUUGAAGCAAGAAGGGAAUGAUUUUGUGAAGAAGGUCCAAUACCAGGACGCACUUGGAAAAUACAGUGAAUGCCUUAAACUUAAGCCAGAGGAGUGUGCAGUCUACACCAACAGAGCCCUGUGCUACCUGAAGCUGGAGAGGUUUACUGAAGCCAAGCAGGACUGUGACGCAGCACUGAAACUAGAGCCGACCAAUAAGAAAGCCUUCUACAGAAGAGCCCUGGCCAAUAAAGGCCUCAAGGACUACCUGGCAUGCACCUCUGACCUGCAGGAGGUGCUGCAGCAGGACCCCAACCUGCAGGAGGCUGAGAGGGAGCUGGAGGAAGUCACAGUGCUGCUCAGACAGAGUCUGGCCCUCGACUCACAAGCCAAGUCCAGAAAGACCGUCCCCAUUACAGAGGUUGAAGGUGAUGAGGAGGUGACAUCCAUUCCUACCUCGGAGAGCAGCUGCAGAGGAGAAGACAUCAGCAUCAACAUUCAUCCAACCAACGUCUACGAGUUCGGCCAGGCUCUGAAUGCAGCUCGCUGUAGCGGAAAUACUGCGGCCUGUGCUGACUUGCUGACUUCCACAGCCCCGCAGAUGCUUCCUGAGUACCUGAGCACCCAGCUGGACGGACACACCCUCAGCUUCAUCAUACAGGUGCUGGACUCCCACCUCCUGGAGACGGACCCCAGUCUGGUCUUCCAACACCUCAACCAUCUGCACACCACUGACAGGUUCUCGAUUGUUCUGAUGCUGUUGGAGAAGGACGAGCGUCACCACAUCACCCAUCUGUUCGAGCAUCUGUCGGCUAUCGAGAGCACAGAUUUCACUAAGAACGAUGUUCAGAACUUAGCCAACAAAUAUAUCUGACCCUCCUUGCCCCUGCUGCAUGAGCUGCUGCACCACUACAACUCUACGAUCUAUGCAAACCACUGCACAAGAACUGAGUAAACAAAGGCAGGAAGCUGUAGAAUGUUUCCCCAGAGCAAUUCAAUGGCACUGGGUCGCAUUCACUCCACUGAUCUGUUCUUUAAAUGAUCACCAUAUGUUUAAAUGACAGGAUAAGGAAUUGCUCUUUCUGGAAACGUUUUGCUAUGCAGAUUUUACUUUCGUACCACCACUGACUCUUAUUGUACCACAGGCAGACAUCAGGAUACUAUGGGUCUUUGACUUAAAUAAGUAGGUUCCAAUGUACAAAAUUGUGUAACGCUACAAGCUGUAAACUUACGCUCUGGACAAGGUCACAUAACCAGAACUGGUUUAGCUGUGAUCUGGUCCUUGAACCCUGUCAGUCUACUGAUAUCAGUGAAAAAGAAACUGAGCUGCCGCCACUAACCUAGAUCACAAAGUCUCAGAAAUACAAAACAAAUUAACAAGUGAGGUCAUUUGCUACUGAGAUAGUUAAAGGUACAGUGUGUAGAAUUUAGUGAUAUCUAGUGUUGAAGUUACAUGUUGCAGCUGAACACCCCUCACCUCACCCUCUCUUCCCAAACAUGAAAAAGAAACUGUGGCAGCUUCAGUUGUCAUAAAAACUCAAAAGAUGUUUAGUUUGUCCAGUCUGGACUAAUGUAAAAAACAUGGCGGCCUCCAUAGAGAGGACCCCCCUCCAUAUAAAUAUAAAGUAUUUAAAUAUAAAGGGCCUUUCUAGGGUAAUGAAAUCUACAAAUUCAUACAAUUUAGAUGAAACGACCUACUGAAAACAUCAUGAGGAUUUUUUUUACAUUACAUUUCUGCAACUAGAUCUUUCACCUAAAUCUUACACACUGGACCUUUAAGUAAAUGUUCUACGCAGCAGGACAGAACCAUAAGAUAGAGAAACGUUUGAUUAAGACCAUAUGGAUUGUAUUAUCUUUGAGGAAGAAAUAGUCUUGUAUGUCAUCUUACUGCUGAUCUGCACUGUAUCUCUUUGACAGGUAUCAACUGACAGCACUGAGGGAGCAAAUACAGUUUGUAACCUUACAUGACCCAGGCACUCUUUGGUUUACUCAGCGAUGCACUCAGCAUCUCUGGGCUCUGAUGUCAAAUUUCAUUUAAGAGUCUGGUGUUUGUGUCUUUUCCAUAAUGAAAAUAUUACAACAGAGUCAUUCCUGCUGUUUGUUACCAAAUUAGCCUGCCAGGAAUUGCACAUCUGGACACUCUCACAGCAGUUUAGCCAUGCAGAAGUGCACACACUGGAGAGAAGCAGCAUCUUAAUAAGAUGCGUGCCUUGGAUUUCACAUUGUGGGUUGCUUACAUUUUAGUGAGUGUGCAAAUAUUCCUAAUAAGAGUAAUGUCAUUCAGUGAGUUAUCAAAUGGAUUUGCAUCAGAAAUUAUUCAUAUUUACUCACCGCAUGUAUGCAUUGGUUUAAAAUGUGUCAUUUGUUCUUUUUAAGCCACUCUUCGUUCUAUCCAUCUUAAUGUUAACUGUUCAAUAUUUGAGUCAUUCAAAUUGAUGACUGCCUAAUUUUUGUUUUCGAUUGUCUAUCUGCUGUACCUUUAUGUACCAAAUUUAUUUCAUGCUGAUGAGUCAGCGGGCAACAGGCAAUAAUUACACAUUCCACUUUCUCCUCAUUGUGGUUUUAAAUUAUAUUUUAGUAGUGAUGUAAAAAUGUGUACAAUAUUAACAGAGGGCUAUUCAAUAAACUGGAAACAGAUUUUCUUCCUUAUGCUGAGUUCAAAUAUUUCAAAGUUAUAACUAUUAAAGAUGGAAUACUGUAAA